UUACAUGAUGAACGGAGAGGGGAGCUAGAGGCACAGUUGCGUAAUCGGCAUCACUGGGAAUCUGAUUUGGACCGAGCAGGAAGCAACAGCCACUUUACAGAAGGAACACAAUCACUUUAAACAUGGAAAAAAAAGUGACCAUUAACUUCGGUGCUGGACCUGCAAAGCUACCACAGUCUGUGCUGUUCCAGGCGCAGAAAGAACUGCUCGACUAUAAUGGCAGCGGGAUCAGUGUCCUGGAGAUGAGUCAUCGGUCGUCAGACUUCACCAAGAUCAUGAACACCACAGAAAACCUGUUACGGGAGCUACUGAGUAUCCCAGACAACUACAAAGUCAUGUUCCUCCAGGGGGGCGGGACGGGCCAGUUUAGUGCCGUCCCACUCAAUCUGAUUGGUCUAAAGGAGGAUAGGUGUGCUGAUUACCUAGUGACGGGCACCUGGUCGUCCAAUGCUGCCAAGGAAGCUGAGAAAUAUGGCAAGGUCAAGGUGGUUCACCCCAAACUGGACACCUACACCAAGAUCCCUGACCCCAGCAGUUGGUCGUUGACCCCUGGCUCGUCCUACGUGUAUUACUGCUGCAACGAGACAGUGCACGGCGUGGAGUACAACUUCAUCCCCGAAACCCACGGAGCCGUCCUGGUCUCUGACAUGUCAUCGAACUUCCUGUCCCGACCCGUCGAUGUUUCCAAGUUUGGGCUGAUCUUCGCGGGGGCUCAGAAGAACGUGGGCUGUGCUGGUGUUACUGUGGUGAUCGUGAGAGAGGAUCUCAUUGGCCACGCUCUGACGGAGUGUCCCGUUGUCCUUAACUACCAAGUGCAGGCUCAGAACAACUCCCUGUACAAUACACCAGCCUGCUUCAGUAUCUACAUCAUGAGUCUGGUUCUGGAGUGGAUAAAGAACAACGGAGGUGUUGACGCCAUGGAAACGCUCAACCGGAAGAAGUCCAGUAUGAUCUAUGAUAUCAUCAACUCCUCCAACCACUUCUACACGUGUCCGGUGGACGUGGCGUGUCGUAGUCGUAUGAACGUUCCGUUCCGCGUGGGGAAGAAACAGGGUGACGAAACUCUGGAGAAGGAGUUCCUGGACGGAGCCUCCAAACUGGGGAUGAUCUCACUGAAGGGACACAGGUCAGUGGGAGGAAUACGUGCGUCUCUCUACAACGCUGUGACAGUGGAAGAUGCUCAGGUUCUGGCCAAUUACAUGAAGGAGUUCCUUAAGGAGCACCAAUAGGAGAAGGCCAUACAGCAUGCUGGACCAAUCAGAGCAGGCUAUGCUGCUGGAUCUGUGGGACCAGGGUUCAGUAAGGUGAAACAUUCACAACGUAACAGAUGGAGAUGCACUGAAUAGAGCUGACAGCCAAUCAUAUUGUACCUGACAGCCAAUCAUAUUGUACCUGACAGCCAAUCAUAUUGUACCUGACAGCCAAUCAUAUUGUACCUGACAGCCAAUCAUAUUGUACCUGACAGCCAAUCAUAUUGUACCUGACAGCCAAUCAUAUUGUACCUGACAGCCAAUCAAAUCAAAUUAUAUUAGUUACGUAGACCUUAACCAACAAUGCGGUUUUAAAAUAUAUGGAUAAGAAUAAGAGAUAAUGGUAAGUAAUUAAAGAGCUGCAGUGUAUAUGAUGUAUUUCUAUCUGACUGUUUUGUAAUGUUGAACUUUCCUGAACAUGACCCCAGACUGACCCCAGACCACUAGCUGACCCCAGACCAGCUCAACUCACUGACCCCAGACCAGCUCAACUCACUGACCCCAGACCAGACCAGCUCACUGACCCCAGACCAGCUCACUGACCCCAGACCAGACCAGCUCACUGAUCCCAGACCAGCUCACUGACCCCAGACCAGACCAGCUCACUGACCCCAGACCAGACCAGCUCACUGACCCCAGACCAGCUCACUGACCCCAGACCAGCUCACUGACCCCAGACCAGCUCACUGACCCCAGACCAGCUCACUGACCCCAGACCAAUCUCUCCAGACUUUUUAACUCUGUGGUGUUACUAGUAGUAGAAUCCAUGGGUUCAGGGUGCCGUUUGGGUCAGACACCAUAGAGGAUAUAGCUGUGGCGAGGUGCACUUUUUACCAGAGUGUUGGAAAGGCAGUGUUACAAAUGCCUUAACCACUUUGAUAUUGUCUCUCUUGUCGCUUGUUAACUCUAGCUGUAUCAAGUUCGUGGAUUUACUGACGAUCAGUGCAUUUAUUUACACAGAUAAAUGUUGAAUCUGUUUCUGUCUAAAGUGUUAUUGACAUUCCAUUAAAAACAAACUCUUUAACUUG